UUAAAAAAAAAAAAUUGAUGGCUGUUGUAUCUGUCUAAAAAUAAAUUGAAAUAAUUUUCUACAUUAGAUCGGUGGUCUACCUGAAUACUGUAUACUUAUCCAUACUAUGUCCAACGCAUGGAUUAAUUCCAAUAUUAAUGAAAACACUCGGACUGUGGUACUGAUCUUCGAUAAUGCUUGGUUAUAUAAAAAGGCGUCCCGGCGGGUCCCGACCAUUCAUAACGUCAUCCUAGGAUAGUCCACACUGAAAGUUUUAUUAUUUUUAAGUUUAACUUCGCGAUGUCUACAGCAGUUUACGUUUUGUUGUUGAAAGCAGUCUGGACGUUAUGUUGGGCAUCGUCACUCACGGGUCCCGAAGAAGCACGGGGCCUGGCCGAGCAUAUCCUUGCCAUUCCCAACGCCGAAAAGGUGCUCAACUCGGUGCUAGGCCAACUGAAGUACAAUCGGCAUAUGGCAGAACAGCGAUACCUGCAGGACACGGAAUGUGGGGAGGUCCUGCCGGAGUACACCGAGUUCAUACAGGAUGACCACGAACGAAACUCGCGCCAACUCUUUCAAAAACAUUCACCUCUGUGCCAUUUGGAAAGAAAAAUCCGGAAACUCAGUACCACCGAGUACGAAUACCGGCCCGCUUACUACGAGGAGGUUCGGUGUGUUUCGUCGGGAGACAGCGGUAGCGCCUCCAAUGAAAUAUGUUCUAGUCUGGGAUUUUCUUGUGUGCAAUGGAAUAAAACUAUUCAUUUGACCAGGAGACGAUACACAAGUGAAUGUUGGGAGACGAGAACUCUUAUCAUCCCGGCAGGGUGCGAAUGUCUGUGGUCCAAUCAGAAGCUCGGUGACAUAUCGCUACACAUUUGAAAAUUACAACUUGCUUCUUCGGAUCUGUCAACGUUGAACUAAGCAAUCAAGCCAAUUAAUUAAAAAAUAAAUAAGUUUAAACAGAAAGUUGCUUUUACUUCUAAUAUAUACUUACUUUACACGUAGGUAUCUAACUUAGUAGGCCCUGGGCCUAGCCAAGAGGCAAUCGUUUAUAGAAAACUGCAAUAACGUAGUGAUCAUCAUGUAAUGGUAAUGUAUGGCCUUAUCAUCAACAUGAUGUUGACAACAUCAACGAGAGCGCUCAGUGCA